AUGUUUCAACUAAGAUCUAUAUUUCCAAUCGCUCUCUGCGUCCAUUUAGUGUCGUCCUACCCUUUACUGGCCCAACGGAAUUAUGACGCCGAGGCGAGAGACUCCCACUGGGUGAAUAUAUGGACCACAAUGCCCCAGUUGGUCGAACCCAAAAAUCUACCGCCUCUUCCAUUUAAUGGAUCCACCUCUGUCUUCGGUAACACUACUAUCCGUCAAACUCUCCAGGUUCCAUUGGCUGCACGAGAUAUCCGUAUUCGACUCUCUAAUGCAUUUGGACAAAACGAUCUCAAGAUCACAAAAGUGACUAUCAGUCUACCAGCGAAGCAGCAAGCGGGAGUCAGCGACCUACAGACAGAGACAUUGAAAACUAUUCUCUUCAAUGGAAGCCCGGAUGUGGAGAUCUCGAACGGUGGACUGAUUGUGUCUGACCCAAUAAAGUUCCACGUGAAGGCCCAAUCAGUUCUCAUGAUCAACAUAUAUCUCGCAGAGGGCCAGCAGGGUUUCUCAAUUACUGGUCAUCCUGGAAGCAGGACGACUUCGUACCUGACUUUCGGGGAUUGGACUGGCGCAGAGAACCUCACAGACUCCUCUGUUAAAAGCACAGAUCAUUGGUACUUCAUCAGUGGAAUAGAGGCUUUACUACCUUCCGAGACUAGUGGCUUUGUGAUCAUUGGAGAUAGUAUUACCGAUGGGCGAGGAAGCACUGCAAAUGGCAAUAAUCGCUGGCCGGAUCUAUUGCUAGCAAGAAUGCAAAAGCAUAGACCCACGUCAAACAUCGCCAUUCUCAAUCAGGCCGCUGGCGGGAAUCGUAUUCUACAUGAUGACCUCGGUCCAAGUGUGAUCAGCCGUCUUGACCGGGACGUUCUAGCACAAUCUGGAGUGAAAUAUGCGAUGAUCUUUGAAGGCGUCAAUGAUAUUGGCUUUGCUGAUACCGAUACAGCCAUACAAGCGGACAUUGAGAAGAAACUCAUUGCAGCAUAUCAACAGAUCGCGACACGGGUGCAUGCUCUAGGUAUUCCGAUCUUUGGUGCUACCAUCACACCGUUCGGCUCGUCACCGAGCUCUGACUAUGUACAGCCUUAUUCAAACAUUGUGCGGGAGAAGACUCGUCAACGAGUCAAUAAGUUUAUCCGGGAAAGUGGUGUGUUUGAUGCGGUACUGGAUUUUGACCGGGUUGUGAGGGAUCCGCAGGCGCCCACUCAGUUGCUGGAGAAAUAUGAUUCAGGAGAUCACCUUCAUCCUAAUGUGGCGGGUUAUCAGGCGUUGGCCGAUCAAUUUCCUCUCGCAGUGUUCGAAUGA